UCUUUUUUGAGUUUAAUAAUGUCGUCUAAAGGCAAGAGAAACGACAGCUGGAAGGUGUUUGCAGUGAAUGACCGAUCGGCAGAUAUGUGGUCAGGCCCCCGGGGAGCCAAGCAGAAUGAAUCUGGACCUCCCACCACCCCUUGGAGACCCGCCCCUGCUGGGAGCCCAGCCCCGUCUUCGGAGCUGCCACCCCAUUGCUUCCCUUUGCUGGCCCGGGCGCUGUGCGCAUGGGCGGAGGGGCAGCGCCGUUUAUUAUCGGCCGGAUUGUGUCUCUGUACGAAGAUGGCGGCGAGUCAGGGAGGUGGGGGAGCGAUCGCCGCUCUGCAGAGCCAGCACUACCCGAGCGUCCCGCACUGGACGGCGGGUAUUCCGCAGCAUCAGCACCACGUCCCCACGGCCCGCAGCCUGGAUCGUGCCCUGGAGGAUGCCGUGUGCUCUGGCAUGCUGAACCUCAGCGGGAGGAAGUUGAGAGAUUACCCCGGGAUGAGCUAUGAUCUGACUGAUACAACGCAGGCAGACCUCUCGAGGAACCGACUGACGGAGGUCCCCCCGGAAGUGUGCCACUUCGCCCCGCUGGAAUCCCUGAACCUUUAUCAUAACUGCAUCAAGAGCAUCCCAGAAGGCAUCAUCAACCUGCAGAUGCUCACCUACCUGAACGUCAGCCGGAACCUUCUCUCCACGCUGCCCAAGUUCCUGUUCAACUUGCCGCUGAAGGUGCUGGUUGUCAGCAACAACAAGUUGGUGUCCGUUCCGGAGGAAAUCGGCCGGUGCAAGGACCUCAUGGAGCUGGAUAUUAGCUGUAAUGAGAUCCAGGCGCUGCCCCCUCAGAUGGGAAAGCUGAAUGCCCUUCGGGAGUUCAACGUACGGAAGAACAGUCUAGAAGUGCUUCCCGAAGAGCUGGCCGACCUGCCCCUCGUCAAACUCGACUUCUCCUGCAACAAGAUCUCGGAGAUCCCUCCCGCGUACCGGAAGCUGAGGCAGCUGCAGCUCAUCGUCCUGGAUAACAACCCCCUCCGGUCCCCACCUGCGCAGGUCUGCCUGAAGGGGAUGGUGCAUCUGUUCAAGUACCUGAACAUCCAGGCCUGCAGGACGGACAAGAAGCUGGACUCCCUGGACCUGCCAUCCCUGGGGAAGCGGAGCCUCCUUCCCCAGCCUCUGACAGACAGAUUAUCCUCGUUAAGCAUGGAGGAUUUUUACCCGAGCAAGAGCCACGGGGCUGAUUCGGGGAUCGGGAGCGACAAUGGCGACAAGAGGCUGUCCACCACGGAGCCCUCCGACGACGACACAGUGAGCCUUCACUCCCAGGUGUCUGAGACGGCACGGGAGCAGCUCCGCCCCGAGGCCCAACCGCCGGCCAGCCGGCCCGACAGCCUCAAAGAUCAGGAACCCUACGACUACAUAGACCCCAACCCGGAAGAAGACGCAGCCUUGACGGAGGGGGACACGCAGCAGAGCGCCCCCUAUGUGUCCUGCAUAAAAGAGCUCGAGCUUGUCCUCAACAAGUCGCACCCCGGCAAGGAGACAGACACGUGGAAGGAGGAAUCGGGGUCCGGGUCAGAGAAAGGGCACCUGGCUGAGGAAGAGGACGACGAGAUCAAGGAGGUCCUGGAUCUGAGGAAGAUCGCUGUCCAGCUGCUGCAGCAAGAGCAGCAGAACAGGCGGAGGUCACUGAUCUGUAGGGCCGAGAGCCUGAUCCACCGACGCAGGGCCCCGGGUCGAGCCCACAGAUUCCUUAGUCACACGGGGAGCAGCUCGAACAGCAAACAAAGAGCCGCAUCUCAGACGGCCCGGAGCCUCUCAUUGGACGAGGGAACCCAGACUGGCUCCACCCUCAGGGGCCAGGCCCCAGCUUCGGGUCCUGGCGACCCGGCCCAGAAGUCGGAAGCAGCGGAUUCCGAGCCGCAGUGGCCUGAAGUCCCGCCCAUCCUGAACCAGGGCGACGACCGGAGGCGGAACAAAUACCUAAGGAAGGACUAUCUGAAGUACAAGUGCCAAAACGCGAGAAGAAGCUCCUGUGCCAAGGACAGUGAGGGCGAGGAAGGAGUUCGGUCCGAUUUCAGUUCCACCAUGUCUGUGUUCGGGUUAAAGCCCAGAUCGGCAUAUACCCGCGGCAGCCGGCAGGAAUACGCCACCGGUGAGCCAAGCUUCACCAUGCGCAGGAAGAUGGAGCACCUUCGCGAGGAGAUGGAGCAAAUCCUGCUGCUGCGGCAGAACCUGGAGUCCCGGCUGAAGGUGCUGCUGCCGGACGACGUGGGCGCCGCCCUCAUGGACGGCGUGGUCCUCUGCCACCUGGCCAAUCACAUCCGACCGCGCUCGGUGGCCAGCAUCCACGUGCCCUCGCCCGCCGUGCCCAAGCUCAGCAUGGCCAAGUGUCGCAGGAACGUAGAGAACUUCUUGGAUGCGUGUAAGAAGCUGGGCGUGCCGCAGGAUAAGCUGUGUCUGCCCCACCACAUCCUGGAGGAGCGAGGCCUCGUCAAGGUCAGCGUCACUGUGCAGGCCCUGCUGGAUUUGCCCGCGCUCAAGCCAACGCAGCUCUCCACCGCAUGACAGCCCUCCUCCCCCCCGCCGGCAGGGGACUGGGGGGGGGGGGGCGAGGGGGUGGCCGCUUAGAUCAGGAAGGGGCCAGGCCCCGACCCCCUCUGCAUGACAAUUAGUCUGAACUGACCCUUCCUGUUUAUGACAUUGUUUUGGUAACUGUGUCAUUCCUGGAUAGAGGGAUGGAUGGAUGGAUGGAUGGAUGGAUGGAUGGAUGGAUGGAUGGAAUCCCUCUUAUCCCAAACCGAUUUUGACAGUCAGAUUACAUCAAACGCCACAUUUCCAUGCCAAUCUAAGGGUCAGGUGACGGUGGGCUAGUGUGACCUCAGAAGGUCCGCUUGGAGAUGAGCAGUGCCUCUCCGUCAGGUUUCACGCUAAACUGCGAUCACCCAGCAGAACCUGCGGGUCGGUCCGGCCCGCGGCCUGCCUCUGCGCUUAAGCUAGGGCCAGGUUUUAAUCCGGCAGUCCCUUUUCACGCGGUGUGGACCCAGGAAGGCCAGACGGCGAGGAACCGGCGUCACGAUGACUCAGAAUCCCGUCACUGAGUCAGCGUCUGACUGUUAACCGUAGUGUUUGUACACAGAAGAUUCCCUGCGGGUUAAGAGAAGGGAUUAAGUUAUUUUUUAAGUCUCAAUACUCACCUUUGCACUUGUCUGUAUUUUUCUGACUUAUUUAACUUUAAUACUUUGGAUGGCUGGAUUUUUGAAAAAUAUCCGGGACCGAAUCCUAAUUGUUAAUUUAAUCCCUAUUUAUGUAUUUAUUCCUGUUUUAUGAAACACUUUGAUUCCGCACGGCCCAUGUUUUGAAUCAUGACGCAUCUCACUUUAAAAAUGUAUAUUUUUUUUAUUUCUUUAAGUAUGUUUUCCCCAUUGACAUGGGCUCUUCCUAUCAUCACUGCUCAUAUGCUUGGUGAGGGCCCC